GGCGGGGGGAGGGAGAGAGGGAGGGAGGGAGGGAGUGUAAAAGGGAGGAGGGAGACGACGACGAUUACGACCAGCAAGAUGCGUGGUACACCGAUACCGAGGAGACGUUAAAAUAAAUCUAUGUGAAAAGUUCGCCCGCCACCAACCGUCUUCUUCAUGGGCCAUGGCGGCCGGGGAGCGAGCAGCGAGCUGUGCCGGGGGCAUGUUUGUAAUCCGUGAAAGUGAAGCUGUGUUUCAGCUUGGAGCAGUCACCAGGCAGCUUGUGUAGUGUCUGCGUCUGGUAUAGAAAGCAGCAAUCUGAACAUACAGGUGGCUGUUUCUUACACUUCUGACCAACAUUGGUAAGAGGGAAGUGUGCAUAAUGGAACAAAGAAAUGCAUUGUUAGGAUCCCUGAGCCAGCCAUUGAGUAUCGAUGCCGAAGGAAACUCUGGGAAGAAUGCACCGACAAAUUGCAACAAUAAUAUUGUUGGCAGAAGAGAUGGGGAUUUAGAUGGAGGUGCCUUGGAGGAAGAUGAUGAUACAAACUGGAAGCAGGAGGAGGGCAAAACUGCUAACUCAGGACACAAACUUGAUGCCCCAAACUCAGACCAGCAGCAGUUCUCUGUCAAGGAGACAAAUUUUGCAGAAGGCAGCUUGAAACUGAAAAUUGGGCUGCAGACCAAGAGAACUAAAAAACCCCCCAAAAACCUGGAGAAUUAUGUUUGUCGUCCGGCCAUUAAAACAACCAUCAAGCACUCGCGAACUAAAAUAGCAAAAACUGGGAAUAUUGUGGAGGAGACAGAGGAUCCAAAUGAGCAUAAACGGGGUUCCCUGAAGUUGCACAAGAAAUGUGAGGAAAUGAAUACCAUUGAAUCUUCUGCUGAGGAAGAUCGAUUUCUACAGGUGGGAGAGGCAAAGAAUCUUCAUUCUCGGAGUUUGGAGCAAUCUGAAUGUAGUAAAGCUGCUGUGUGUAUCAUGGGAAACCCCAGAAACUCUGACCCAAAAGAGCAAGGACACGUGAACGGAGAAGCAACCUUGACUGAAAAAUCAGCAACGCUAAAAAGCACCUGUCAAAUCUCCAAGUCUUCCAGAAUUAAAUUUAGGAAGCAAGGGGCUGGCAAUGCAAUGGUGAUGAGCAAAGAUUUGGGCCAACCAAAGACUAGCCAUGCUGUUCCCAUCUCAGUAAACUUCAUCACUCCAACCUAUGUAGAUUAUAAGAAUGUGAACUUGACAGAACAGGAAGAUCCCCAGUCUACCAAGGAUGUUGCUAACAAUAAAAGCUGUGGCAAGACUGUUUUAACACAAAAUGAUAAAGACUCUGUUUUAGAAAAAUCUUCAGUACGGCAAGAAUCUGGUGUGCAUGAUGCAGAAUUGUGUAGUGAAGGAAUUUCACCUCCGAUUGAGCGCUCGUCUCCAGAAAUGACAGAGCACACAUCCAAAGUAGAUAAGCAGCCUACAGUAUAUUGCACUUCAUCAGAUCAUAGAACUGCAACAAGCACUGAUGUCUAUGCGAGGCGCUCCACUGGCAGCAUGGUGGUGGAAAGGCCCCUCUCUGCACCUUCACCAGCAGCUUUGUUACACCGGAGCUCUGCUUUCCUUCCUUCUCAGUCCACCUCCAGGCACAUCGAUCCUGACCCAGUCCUAGAAACGGCACUUUUGGAUGGCAAACCACCACUUGAGAAUCAGCCUAUAUCAGACAGCCCUCCUCCCAACUUUGGCUUCAAGGUUAAUGCUCAGUCUGCCAAUGUAGGCUGUAUGGCAGCUGAGCACACAAUCGAAAACAGGCUGGAGCCACCACGCCUCGAUAACAUGAAGGCCUUCAUGCAGUUAGCUGGUGGCAGUCACGAGCUAGGGACUGCUUCGCUGCCGAAAUUAGACACUCGGAAUUCUGCUCUCACCACGGUGGCCAGCUUCAAAAGUCUCCUCAAUAACAGAUCGUCACACAAGCCUGUCCCACUGAAAGUUGCACAUCAGCAGCUGUAUCGAUCCCAUCCAAGUUGCACUAUACCCAAUUCUGCUUUCCAACUGAAGUCGAUCAACAAGAGGAAAGGACAGCGGCCCAGGAUGAAAGUGGUUACAAGCAAUACAGCUGCUACCACCUUUGGUGAGAGUUUGGUAACGCCAACAAUACCAUCAGGACUUCUGAAACCUGUCACCUACAGCACCGAGCACAAACCUAAUGCUGACCAAGUGCGGACACUAAAAAAUACUGGACCUUUGCCGAUUUUCUUUGAAACUAAAAUUAUUAAGCCUCGACUGCCAAAACUAACCAAGGCUUGUAUUUCUCCACCCCUUUCUCAAAAGCUUGAGUGUGGUAGACAGUUUAUAUCUCUGCAAGCUUGCCGAGAGGAAAAACCAUCUAAAAGCGGAUCACAAGACUCCCCAUUACUAAGUGCUACUUCAGAUAUUCACAAGCCUAAAAGGGGCCGGCCGAAAACUAACUCCAUGCCUCAACUGGAGGGGCCCCCACAUAGGACUUUAAAGAUUCCUGCUUCUAAGGUCUUUUCCGUGUCGUCAAAGACUAAGGGAUUUGUUAGGGAGAAGGAGCCUCCCAUACUGCAACCAGAAACUCAGAUUGUAGCUAGUAAAACGUUCAUGGCUCUUCCGGGAAAACGGCGGAGGGGGAGACCGAAAAAGCUGAUUCCUGUGGCCAAGUCCCCCUCAUCAGCUGUGUUGUCAUGUCCAGCGCUGUGUAUCCCAGAUGGUUUGAGUGAGAGCAAGGCCGAGAUAGUGCAGCACAGGAAUACUGAAGCCAGUGAGGUGAAAGAGAAGGGCAAGCUAGCUGAGCAUGUUCAAAAACCGACCCCAACUGAUCACGUGGAGCUCGGUGCUGACACAGACCCGAGGUCGGGCAAGAAAGAAAAGAGACAGCUGAUGAAAACUUUUUUAGAUAAGAAAUUUAUCAAAAAGAUCAACAAGAUGAAAACGCUGAAACGGAAAAAACUUUUAAACCAGAUCCUUUCGAGCGCGAAUGGGUCCAGUAAUAAAGGGAAAGUGCAAUCGAAACUGAGUAAUACUGUCUCAACUCUCACUGCCACUUUUGGCUCCAAGCUGGGUCAGCAGAUCAAUGUUAGUAAAAAAGGAACAAUUUAUAUAGGAAAGAAAAGGGGCCGAAAGCCCAAGAUCUCUCUAGAUGGUCCGUAUGUGACCAGCACACUGACCAUCGAUAUGAAGGCGUCCCAGUCAGCAUCCACUACAACACUAGGGCAAAUGUUGCCAAACUUCAGCCAGUCGACCACCGCUAAUGUUCCAGAUGGCCUGCCUUCACCGGCCUACUCCCAGUCCUCGGGAGUGAGUGGCAAUCAGAGUCCUGUUAGCAGUGACGCCGGGUUUAUUGAACCUACCCCAGUGCCAAACCUGCACUUGCAUGUAAAUAAAGGAAAUCUAAUGCAAACCGCAAUGAAGAAAGUCUCCAAAGGGAGGAGGAAACUCUCGCCUCCGACUUUACUGCCAAACUCCCCGUCUCACCUGUGCGAGCUGACCUCUCUGAAGGAGGCCACACCCUCGCCGAUCAGCGAGUCUCACAGCGAGGAGACCAUCCCUAGUGACAGCGGCAUCGGGACUGACAACAAUAGCACAUCAGAUAGGGCAGAGAAGUUCUGCAGCUCUAGGAAGCGGAGGUACUCCUUUGACCACAUCUCGGUACUGCCUCCUGAAAGCUCUGUGGUUCUGACCGGCCUGAAAGAGAAACACAAACACAAGUGUAAACGCAGAACACACGACUAUCUCAGCUACGAUAAGCUGAAACGGCAGAAAAGGACGAAAAAGAAAUACUUGCAGCUGCGGAGCAAACAAGACCCCAACUUUCUAGUUGAGCUGGAGGAGCUCCUCACUAGGCUGAGUGAAUUGAGAAUAACUCACCGAAGCCAUCACUACAUCCCCAGAGACAUCCUGCCUUCUAUCUUUCGCAUCAACUUUGGCAGCUUCUACACUCACCCACCUUUCCCCUUUGAUCCUCUACACUAUGUCCGAAAGCCCGAGCUGAAGAAAAAGAGGGGACGGCCUCCAAAAAUGCGUGAGGCAAUGGCAGAGGUCCCUUUUGUCCACAGCAUGGGGUUCCCUCUUGCAAACAGUGGCUUCUUCCCAUCAUACAGUAUGCCUUACUCCCCAACCCCAGUUUCUGCAACUCCUCUGGGCUUGGGUUAUUUUGCACGGUAUCCUCCAACACUUUACCCACCGCCACCUCCUCCUCCCCCAUCCCUGAGUAAUGCUAUGCCUCCUCCCUCUUUCAUGCAUGCUGGUCACUUGCUCUUCAACCCCAAUAAAUACCACAAGAAGAAACACAGACUUCUCAGGCCGGAGGCCUUCUUAGCUGGCAGUCGGACCUCACUGCUUUCCAUGGGCACUUAUGCCAGCAUUCCUGCGGAGAUGGCUUACAGCUGGAUGCAUGAGCACAAACACAAGCACCGACACAAGCACCGGGAACAUCGUUCCUCUGAACAAAAUCCACCCUCGGUGGACGGUUUAACGGUUAAUCCUUCAUUGCUGCGGAGGUUCACAUAUGGGAAGGAAGCAAUGUCAGAAAGGCACAAACACAAGGAGAAACACAGGUGCCACAUGCCAUACACCCACUUGGCAUCGCCAAAGGGCUUGCUGAGCAGUAGGGAUCAGUGGACCCGGAGAGAUUCACAUGAGCACAGCUCCAUCUCGAUAGGGAUGCAGACCCCUCUCCAGAUUGACUGUACAGAAGAAUUGGUGGGUUCAUGUCCAAGACAAUACAUGCCCAGCUCUGAGUCCAGCAGCAGUGAAGAACACACCAAUCUGUUUACAAGUGCAAUAGGAAACUGCAAGGCCAGCAAACUGACGAGUGGCAUGGGGCGGAGGAAGCUGCCUGAGAGCCCGGGAAUGCUAACAGCACAGGACAGUGUGCCCAGCAGAUUAAUAAGGCGGGACAGACCGUCCUCCAGCGAGAGAAUCUCCCAGGCACUACCAGGUCCCCAGCCAGUACAGGACAAGCAGACCCCACAGAGACACCAGGACACUGGCAGCUACAGCCCCAUCAGAAAGAAAAGCCCGUUGGAGGGUCCAACUGCCACGGGAACAGGAUCAAUAUCACGUGGAACAAAAUUAGGAAAUCAAGUGGAAGAAGCUAUUGAGAAUGUUAUACAGCGUGUGACACAAGACGGAUCUCAACAGACAGCCAUAGAGAAGACAAUAGAAGAUGUUAUAGCCAGUGUAACAGGAUCUCCCAGCUGCUCCAGGAAUCCAACCUCGAACAGAAGUUACAGUCAGGAAAGGUGCCAGAGCAGACGAGCAGAGGCCUCUCCUGCCCAAAGCAUUGCACCUAAUGACUUCCUACAGAUCAGUGAUGUGCAGACGGAUAAACACAGCAGCACAGCUGGGCAUCGACUGAAGAAAAGCCGAAUAGAAGCCGUGCAAUGUCAGGCAAGGCGAAUGUGCAAUUUCGACAAAAUCUUAGCUACCAAGAAGAACCUGGAUCACGUCAACAAGAUCUUGAAAGCGAAGAAGCUCCAGAGGCAGUCACGUACAGGUAACAACAUCGUGAAGCGGAGGCGUGGGAGACCCCGGAAACAGGAGUGCAGCCCUGCUCAGCCACCCACCCCUGUCCCUUCUACUGACCAAGGGGUCAUCGUGAAGAGUCAGAGUGCCUGCAAGAGCCAGAGUGAGAGCCCGGUGAAGGAGAGGGACUGUGACACUGUCACAGACGUCAUUGAAGCCGUCCUACAGAGUGUCAACCAGCAAUAUGAGGAGCACAGGAAGGGCGUGAAACGGAAAAGGAGCUGUGAAGCUGGCUCCCCUGAGACCACCUCAGGAGCAACUGUCCCAUCAGCGACUGCGGAGAAGCCGGCCCCAACCCCGGCAUCAACUGAAGCCACUGGUCCCCUCACACAGGCACAGCCACCAGGACAGAAGGGGAAGAAGGCACCUCGGCCUCCAAAGAAAAAGUACCAGAAGGCAGGACUGUACUCUGAUGUCUACAAAGUGGCUGACCCAAAGAGUCGUUUGAUCUUGGUGAAGAAGGAGAAGCUGGAGUACAUCCCGGGAGAGCAUGACUAUGGCCUGCUCCCUGCUCCCAUGCAUGUUGGUGAGUUCUCUUAA